AUGGAUACUGAAAAUUGCAGAACUGCUAGUCGUUCCAAGAGAAUGGUUCAGGCUGCGUUAAAAAAAAUCCUACAAGAAAAAAUAAGUGUAAUCAGACAGAAGACUAAAAAGCCAAGGUGUGUAACGAAAGAUAAUGACUAUAUACCUGAUGAAGGUGAAUCUGAAGAGACUGAGACUAGCGAAAUAAAAGACGAGUCAUUUUCAGAAAAAAUAAGUGUAAUCAGACAGAAGACUAAAAAACCAAGGUGUGUAACAAAAGAUAAUAACUACAUACCUGAAAAAGGUGAAUCUGAAGAGACUGAGACUAGUAGAAUAGAAGACGAAUCAUUUUCAACACUUAUUGAAGAACAAUAA